GCACAGUGUAGUCUGCUACACAUAUGGUCCUUCAAUCAAUAUGGCAGAGCCGGUGGCAUCAGCGUUGCCUCCAAAAGCGCAAUCCUUGACGUCGAAUGUCAACGUUAAUAAGGAUUUGUCUCAAGAUCGCACCUGGACAUCGACCGCACCCACCCCAGCAGCGAGUAGUAUUCACGAAGCCGACAAUGAUGUCGUCAUGUCUACUUCUCCGACUACUGCCACGAUCGCGCCCGCGGCCGGUGCCGGUGCCGGCGCUGAACAACGAGGCCCCGUCCCUCUCGACUCGCCCUCGCGCACGGCGCCCAUACACCCUUCUGUACCCGCGGUCAAGAUCCCCGCCAGCGCGGUCUGGAAUUUGAACCCGAUCACCCUUCAACCUUUCACGGACGAAGAACUGGUCAAGUACGGCUACGAAAAGGUCCGCGCGGAAGUGUAUUCUGCGCGCGGGGUGGACGCCAAGGGGAAAGCGGGAGUCAAGGCGAAGGAGGAAGAGGUCGCAAGGUUGCGCGAAGAGACGGCCAACAUGUUGAGACAGAAACUCGAGGAACGGGAGAUCAAGUUGCGUGAGAUCACGAGGGAGAUGGAGGAGAAAGAAAAGAUCCGCGAGGUGGAGAGGAAGGUGUUUAGAAAGAGAUUGGAUUCGAAUUUGAAAAAGGAUUGAUUGCGAACUGGAGAACACUCUCACAGAGUCGGGGAGAAUACUCGCACAGAGUCGGCAAAAUAACGACCACUCACAAGAUGAGCACGUCUAGAGUGAGGUGGACUGUGUGUUCCUGGCGAUCGAGGACAAAGGCACGUCGAGGGCGUAUUUCGAUGCAAUGAGAGGGACAUAUCGCUCAAUAAGACUGGGACUCCUCGUGAUUGGACCACGUUGCUUCGCUCAUCGCGAGAAGUAACAUCCCCGGCAUCGUCAGGACCACCGGGUUAUGGUUGUUUUGGUCGAACGGACCUUCCAACUUUUACAGAGGUGUUAAUCCCACCUCAAGGAACUAAAGUCGACACGACACAUGUUGUGAUUGGUGGCCAACUGUGUUUUACGAUUUCACAACGUGAAGGGAUACAUCGACAGCGCUGCAUUUGAACAGCGGAAGAUGCCAUCUCCCUCAAAUGAUACCAAUGAUUUCCGUCCAUGACAACGAUGGAGACGUUGUGAAACGCCAGAAGUUGCCCGGCUAGGUCAAUGGUUAUGUAAGGGACCCCAUGGUGCAACUGUUACGUGGCUACCUAGACUUCAAUAAAACUGUCAUUGGAGACAGCAUGCAUUUGCAAGAGAACCGAGAGGUGGACUGUGCACAGCAUCGCUUAGCAUCGAUUGACAACAAGAGCCAUACAUAGCAUAGAUGGCUGCUCCGACGCCACCGGAGAGAUGAGAGGUCAGGUUCUCCAUAUCUAGCUUCUAAGGUUUAACCCUCAGAGAAUCAGAGAGACAUGGUACAGCACUGAGUUUGCACCUAGUUCUCGUAAUCGAGUUUGGAACUUUUCGUGGCAAGAAGAUCA